AUGGGGCGCCUGGGGCUGUUCGUCGCAGGCCUGGCCUGCUGCCUGGCCGCAGUGAGCGCCGCAAAGCUGGGCGCCGUCUACACCGAAGGAGGCUUCGUGGAAGGUGUCAACAAGAAGCUCGGUCUCUUUGGCGACUACGUCGAUGUGUUCAAGGGCAUCCCCUACGCCGCUCCCCCUAAGCCCCUGGAAAAGCCCGAGCGACACCCCGGCUGGCAAGGGACCCUGCAGGCCAAGGACUUCAAGAAGCGAUGCGUGCAGGCCACCAUCACCCAGGACAGCUCGUACGGGGACGAGGACUGCCUCUACCUCAACAUCUGGGUCCCCCAGGGCAAGAAGGAAGUCUCCCGGAACCUGCCCGUUAUGAUCUGGAUCUUCGGGGGAGCCUUCCUCAUCGGGUCCGGCCAUGGGCCCAACUUCCUCAAAAACUACCUGUACGACGGGGAGGAGCUGGCCACGCGGGGCAAUGUCAUCGUGGUCACCUUAAACUACCGCGUCGGCCCCCUGGGCUUCCUGAGCACCGGAGACGCCAACCUGCCAGGUAACUACGGGCUCUGGGACCAGCACAUGGCCAUCGCUUGGGUGAAGAGGAAUAUCGCAGCCUUCGGAGGGGACCCCAAUAACAUCACCAUCUUUGGGGAAUCAGCUGGAGCUGCCAGUGUCUCCCUGCAGACCCUCUCUCCCCACAACAAGGGCCUCAUCCGGAGGGCCAUCAGCCAGAGCGGUGUGGCACUGACUCCCUGGGCCAUCCAGAAGGAGCCCCUCACCUGGGCCAAAAAGAUCGCCGAGAAGGUGGGCUGCCCGGUGGACGACACCGCCAGGAUGGCCAAGUGUCUGAAGGUCACGGACCCCCGCGCUGUGACCAUGGCCUAUAAGUUGCCCUUGCGGGGCAUGGAGUACCCCAUCGUUUACUACCUCGGCUUCCUGCCCGUCGUGGACGGAGACUUCAUCCCCGACGACCCCAUCAACCUGUUCGCCAACGCGGCCGACAUCGACUACCUGGUGGGCACCAACGACAUGGACGGCCACUUUUUUGCCAACUUGGACAACACAGCCAUCAACAACAACAAAGUGCCCCUCUCGGACGAGUACUUCUACAAGCUGGUCAGUGAUUUCACCUUCAUCAAGGGGCUCAGGGGCGCCAAUGCCACCUUUGAUUUGUACACCGAGUCCUGGGCCCAAGACUCGUCCCAGGAGACCAAGAAGAAGACCAUGGUGAACCUGGAGACGGACAUCCUCUUCCUGAUUCCCACCAAGAUCGCCCUGGCCCAGCACAAAGCCAACGCCAAGAGUGCCAAGACCUACUCCUACCUGUUCUCCCAGCCCUCUCGGAUGCCCAUCUACCCCAAGUGGGUCGGGGCCGACCACGCGGAUGACCUCCAGUACGUCUUUGGGAAGCCCUUUUCCACCCCCUUGGGCUACCGGCCCCAAGACAGGACUGUUUCCAAGGCCAUGAUCGCCUACUGGACCAACUUUGCCAGAAGCGGGGACCCCAACAUGGGUGGGGCGGUUGUGCCCACCCACUGGAAACCCUACACCGUGGAGAACGGCGACUACCUGGAGAUCAACAACAAGAUUGACGCCAACUCCAUGAAGCAGCACCUGAGGUCCGAGUUCCUGCACUACUGGACGCUGACCUACCAUGCGCUGCCCACCGUGAACGGCCAGGAAACCACCCCCGUGCCCCCCUCUGAGGACUCCAACGUGGACCCCGUGCCCCCCUCCGAGGACACUGAGGGGCCCCCCGCACCUCCCUCCGAGGACAUUGAGGGGGCUCACAUGCCCGUAGUCAUCGGCUUCUAAUGCCCUUGGCCCCAGAGGGCCCCCUCCCCUCCUGGGCGCCCCUAAAUAAAGCCUCAUCUCUCUCCAU